AUGGACUUCCCACGACUUUCGCCACCUUCGAUUCACGUGCAUGACAUCAAUAACCGCUAUGAUUAUCCUCGUUCUGCCGAAAGAUCGCCAUACAUUAUGCCUGGACAAUCAUACUCACCUCAUGGGCCCAUGCCCAUUCCAACGAGCUCAAUAGCUACGUUUGCCCCGCCGCCUUUGCCCCCGCCGCCACGUAUCAGCGAUUUGGAAAAUGGCUAUGACGCUGGAUGGCUGCAUGCGAAUCCGAAAAGCCCCGUCGGAACCACCAAACUUGCACCAAUCAGCCCAAGCUCGAGCUUAUUUGGAGCUCACCGCCGUCCCGAAUCCGUCCCGCAGGGUGAUCGAAUGAUGAUCGAUGAACUAGACGGCCGGCAAAGCGGCUUACCUAUCUCUCGAAGUCCCGAGGCUCACAUCAAGAUCGAGCCGCCACCGCCAGCUGACGAAGGCUUCCGAAAUUCUAUGCAACUCAAUCACAGCAGCCCGAUCUUGAAAGGCGAGCGGGAUUUCUCUCGGCGCAGCGUGAAAGACUCGUCGGAUGCAUACGAUCAGCAUCUCUUGUCCAAAAUAGGCAAGCCGCUUUCCCCGCGACAGUCCAUCAGUCUUGGAACGGAGAACAAAAGCUCCUUGUCGACCCUUCCAAUUCCAUCACGAACCCUGGGGAGCUUACCUUCCCCGGGGGGCUCUGACGGCCCUACACUCGAUGUCCGAUGGUCCACUAAUUCCCAGGGGGCCGUAUCGCCCGGAACGAAGGUCGCCUGGAGGGAGUACGUCGGAUACCGGAGUCCAAGUGUCGAGAGCAGUGCUCCAUCGUCUGCGGUGGAUUAUGACCAUUCGACCUACCUUCGAGAUGCCUGCCGCCGCCGAGUGGGUGGGACGACGCCCCAGUACGAUGAAACUCUCAGCCUCCCCAGCCGAUCGAAUAGAGGCAGCUAUGACCAGGGCGUCUUUUCGGACAUUGAAGGCGACUUCUCGGCCGAUGACAAUCUGCCGCCUCGGUUAUUUCAUGUUCGGGAAGCCACGCCGCCGUACCUGGAAGUUUCGAAAUCGGGCACCAAGCGACGAGCCUCUUCACCACCCCGGGAACCGAUAGGCGAUGAUAGGCGCACACUCCAUAUCACCACGAGUAAUGGCGAUCUCUCCCAGAGACGAACCAGUGGUCAUCCGUUUACCAACACCCUUUCCGUCAAUAGUGGUUAUGCCCCUAGCCACGGGAGUCUCUCGGCUGCUUCCUCACUAAGCCUUCGAACAUCGGGAUCGUAUUCGUCGGCCGCUAUUUCCGCCGGAGGGAGUAGCAUGACAAGUAUAUCCGCCUAUGAUCGCCCGUCGCCUGGAGGCCAUUCGCCAAAAUCGGAUGCGGAUCCGUUUCACGAGAAAGCGAUUCUCAACCCCAGCUCUCCCAAUGGAAUUAUCGGCCCGUCGGUCGCAAGGGCGGUCCAAAACCAAAAUACGCUGGAGCCUUCGAGCGCAAAUACGGCACGGAAAAUGUCAUUGCAGACGACUCUCAACGUACCCAAGCCCGCGGGCCCGAAGAUGGGAGGGCUGUAUAUUUGUGAUUGCUGCCCCAAGAAGCCCAAGAAGUUUGACAAUCCUGAAGAGCUCCGGGCCCAUGAGAUGGAGAAGCAAUAUUCGUGUUUAUUCUGCAACAAUCGAUUCAAGAACAAGAACGAGGCGGAGCGUCAUCAGAACUCCCUUCACUUGCGACGUCACUCUUGGUCAUGUGCAGCGUUACCAGGUUAUCAAGCUGCCUUCCAUCCUUCUUCGUCCCCAGCUUCCCAAACGAACUCGGGGCCCUCCCAUGACACAUGUGGUUAUUGUGGUGAAGAAUUUUCUAAUUUCCCCCAACCGGAUUGGGAUCGCCGAUUCGAGCAUCUGACUGCCGUGCAUAAGUUUGGGGAGUGCAACAAUGCAAAGAAAUUCUUCCGCGCCGAUCAUUUCAGACAACAUCUUAAACACAGCCAUGCGGGCACGAGUGGCAAAUGGACUAAUAUUCUCGAGAAUGCUUGCAUGAAGGAAGAAGCGCCUCCGGAGCCGAAGAAUUCCAACAUUGCGUCAAAUAAAAUCAACGAUGUUCUCGGUGGUUGCUGA